ACAAACAAUUCCAAACUUGGUUACCUUAGCGAUUUAAGUGUGAUCAAUAAUACCUACGGCUCCUGGUAUAGGACCACAUCAUUCCUCCGGUGUUCUGGUAAAGUCUGUGAAUGCACCGUACUCUGUAUUGUAACACCUACCUAUAGGCUAUUGAUAAUUUUAUAACAAUAUAAUAUACCACUCGUUACAAUGCCAGGUGAAGUGUCGCAAAGUUUUGAACCUAAAACCGAAAACUACCAUGGUAACGAGAUAGUGACUGUCAAGUUCCAUACGGAUGCAAACGAAACACUGACACAGGCAUUCGACCUGAAUACCAACAUUGGUGCUCUCAGGUCACACCUGCAGCGGACACUGAACACUGACCCACACCGGAUCGUCAUCGAACGCGAAGAAGCGGAGGGAUUAGUUUCACGUCUGGAACAUGACGGGCAGACACUCAAGGAUCUUGGGGCUACAUCUUUGGGCAUUUUUGAACUACGCUUGCGGGGCGACGGCAUACAGCUUCCCAAACCGCCUGCGUACUACUUGCCAGCGGUGGACGUCAUCACAGUGGACGUUAACCACAGGCGACUCGUGGUGGAAAUCGAACGGUGUGGCAGGGUGGACGGCCAUAAGCGUUGGCUGGGCGGGUACCGGGACAGGCUUACCGGCAAGACGUAUUUCCACGCGACCGCACAGACCGAUCCCAGGGCUGUCGCGACCGACGCGCCCGCUGUCCAACGGGUGGACUGCCGUACGCAGACUUGCAUCGACAGGGCGGUGGGCCGGGCGACGAGCCGACCGGUGUGGACGCAGACCGACAGCGACGACUACAGCGAUAGGUUCGGUUACACGGAUGGCAGGUGGGUGAUACCGAAGCGUUACCACAGUUACGAGUCGUGGUUACGGGAAGAUCACGUUCUGAGCAGCGUGCUCAAGAUACAGCGAGCUUUCAGGAGAACUUUGGCGGCACGCGAGAGACGGCGCUUAGCAGCCGAAGCUGAAGCGAAAACCGAUGACGAGGAACGGCGGCUGCUACGGCAGAGGCAGUCGCGCAGCAUGACGUCGGGACCGGACGGCGGUGCCGCGACAUCGGCUCUUGAAUCCAAGCAGCAGCACUUCUAUUCGCUGUACACGAUGAUCGGAAAGUGGUGGAAGAAGGAGCGGCAGCGAAUCAAGGAGAUCGAGGCGGAAAACUCAAGGAAGGCGGCGCAGAUGAACCUGCUCAAGAAGGAGAUCAAGUUCCUGUUGGAGGUGGAGAAACAGCGGUCAGAGCUCAAGUACGAGCUGACCAAGCACGACGACGUGACGUUCUUGAACAAGACGUCCAAGCCGAAGAUGUUCAAGAACAAAGCGGGCAAGCUGCUGACCGUGGACACGGUGGGCAACCAGAAGGCCCGGGCACUAAAGGAGAUCUAUUCGAAAAUCGUGAUACCGUGCGACGGCGUGAACCGAGCCGAAGCGCUCGACGAGCUGCAUGCAGCGGUGUCCGAGUCGUGUUACAAGUACAAGGAACACUUGCUGGCGGCCGUGGUUAUGGAAAAGGGUCUGGCCGAAAUGGGUGCGGAUGCGGACAGCUUGCGGUCGGCGCGAUCCCGGGUGGAACAGAUGUUCCGGCACUACAUCCGGCAGCCGGAUGUGAACCCGGAAGCGGACUCUUACUAUCGGCCUACCGAGAAGCGCGUACUCAACGUGUACACGUGCAUCCGGUGCAAACGCAACUUGGCGGCCACCGACUUCUCGCUGGAGAGCCGCGUGAACCGGACCAACGUGUGCGCCAACUGCGAGUGGACCGAACAGGUGGGACAUAAGCGCAUCGACAUGGCGCCGUACCGGCGCAUGUUGAAGGCGCUACGGCACGACGAGAUGCAGAAGGCAGCGUACGGGUCCGAGUGUUUCUUGAUGCAGCCCACCGAGGUGUACCGGCUGGUGUCCGUCGUGUGGCGCGAGAAGUCGGCUGUCGGCGAGUCGGGUCAACUCAACGGGCUCCGGCUGGUCCGAUGGCGUCGUCAAGAGCCCUGGUCGCCGUGGAACUGCGUGCUACUGACCAGGGCCGAAGCGGAGGCCCAUUCCCAGCUGGACGGCGACCCAGCCGACUGCUACAACGAACAGUUCGUCCGGUCCGUCAUCAACAGGCACCUGAUGGCCCGAUUGCAAUUCAGCAAUUUAGUGCAGGCUGUCGACCACCGGACCGCCGACAAGGUGAAACAGCUGUCGAAACAUUGGAAAACCGUCGCCGACCGUUUUAACAUCAAGACGCAAAAAUAGAGUUCGCGUCGAGGUUGGACCGUAACAUUUUUUAAGUAAAAUCGAAGCUUUUGAAAUUUUGGUAAACUCGUUAUGUAUAGGUAGGGAGCAGACGUUUUAUUUAAUUAACACCAUCGCAUUCGCAUACGAAUAGGUAGGUAGCAUAUAAAAUAUCACAUAAAUAGGCUAUCACAGAGAUUUAAAUUCUUUAAAAUAUUUUUAUUUGGUUACCUAGUUGAUAAGAGACAACAUAUAGAAUUGUAGAGGAUAUCUCUAUAGACGAAUUGAGUUAGCCGUUAGGUGAUUGAGUUUAAGAAGGCUUGAUGGGUUGAUGGGGGUUUGGGUAUAGCCGUAUAGGUGGAUAUUCAGUUUUUACUUGGAGGGGCUUAACAAAGAUAUAUCAUAUUUAAAUAAAAGCUCUGCCCCCCUACACCACCCGUUUUAACAUCUUUUAAAUAUAUAACUUUAUGUACCCAGACCCAGUACAUUAUAUUUAUCAUUUUUUUUCUAGGUAGGUUUAUAUUAUAUUAUAAUUUAUAAUAAAAGAUUUCAAAUUUAUUUAAAAAAACACUAUUAUCGAUUACCUAUCCGGCUUUCCACUAUAUUCCAGACAAGUUAAAAUGUUAUCAAUACCUAAUGCAUUGUUUUUACUAAUAUUUUUUAAUGCUAUUAUUAAACCUAGGUAUAUUAUGUUUUGUGGCUUAUGCGAGCGAACCCGAUAUCUAUCACUAGUUUAUAUCAAUUAAAAUACAAAUUUGGAGUGACUAAGAGCCUUCAAAUCCCCCCCCCCCAAAUUACGCCAAUGGGUUUAGUAAGUGCUUGAAGGUUUGUGUGGCUCAGUGUACAUGGAAUUUUUAUAAUAGUGGAUAGUCGUCAAUAGGCUAGUGUUUAUAUGUUUAAAUUUUUGAAUCAUUGUGGAGGGAGUUGUUACAAACGCACCAGUUAUAUUAAACGUAUUAAGUAUUGGAGAAUAGAAGUAUAUUAUUACUUAUUAGUAUAAUAAUAUUGAAUUUUUAUACUGUACUUCUUAGAAUUGAACAGUUAACUACCACACGACUUAGCCGGUCGAAUAAUGUUUGUUAAUAUUAUUAAUAAUAAUAAUAAUAAUAAUAAUAAUACAUACCUAUGUCUAUUUUGAAAAUAAAGAAACAUAAUAAGUAACAUAAAUUAUUUUAACCGUUAAGGUACAUACCUACAACAUACUAACCUAAAUCAUAUGACAUAUACAUUAUACAUAUUUUUUGACAAUAAGAUAUACCUAACUCAUCACUAAGUAAAAUACAAAUUUAUAAUUUAUACAUUAGUUUGCAAAAAUUACUAGACUUGAGGAUAAGUGAAAUCGAAAUGUUAGAUCUACCUGUAGGGUAUAAUAGAUUCUAGGAAAAAACCUCGAAAACAAAUCUCUUUAAAGAAAAUUCUCAAUGCAUCUACUUAGUGCAUAGUUAGUAUUGAUAUUAUAAGACAGCGCCCUAUACUAUAGUACCAACUACCAUUAAUGCCUAAAUAAAGAAAAAAAUAAUAACCUGUCCAUUGUAUUCGACAAAGUUAGCGCCCCUUGCGGAAAUUGUUGGAUACAGCUGUUAAAAUAAUAAUAAAUAGAAUUAAAAAUAUUACCACAGAAUAGAUUAAA